UGCCUAUCAAUGCCAGUCAGUGCUGCCUAUCAGUGCCACCUAUCAGUGCCCUAUCAGUGCCUUCUCAUCAGUGCCCAUCAGCGCCACCUAUCAGUGUCCAUCAGUGCAGCAUAUCAGUGCCCAUCACUGUAGCCUCAUUAGCACAGAUCAGUGAAGGAGAAAAAUCACUUAUUUACAAAAUUUUAUAACACAAACUAAGAAAAAACUUUUUUUUUCAAAA